AUGGCUGAGGCUAUUUUAUCACACUUCGCAACCUCUGUUCUCCAGAAGGUCACAUCCUUUGGUACAGAAUGGGCUGUUAAUGAGAUCAAGUCAGCCUGGAACGUCAAGAAAGAAAUAGGGAAGUUGGAAAGGUCACUGAGAUCGAUUUGUGCUGUUCUACAAGAUGCCGAGAACAAGCAGUCUAGUUCGCAUGCCCUCCAAGAGUGGCUUGAUAACUUGAAGGAUGCAGUAUACAACAUUGAUGAUGUGUUGGAUGACGUGGCUACCAGAAUUCUGGAGCGAGAAGUACACAAAGGUUUCCAUGCUCGACUUCAACAUCUACUAGUUUCUCCCUUCGAACUGAGUCACAGAAUAAAAGAAGUCCGUGAUAAUCUUGAUGAGAUAGCAGCCAACAAAUCACAGUUUGGAUUAUCUGAAAAGCUAAUUGAUUUCCCAGCAACCAAAAGUAGUAGUAGGGAAACGCACUCCGUCAUUGAACCAAACAUUAUUGGGAGAGAUGGUGCUAAAGAUGAGAUAGUUGAAAGGAUUCUAGAUGCCGCAGAUUCCACGAGUCCUUUGUCUAUACUUCCCAUUGUUGGUUUAGGAGGCAUUGGGAAGACUGCAUUGGCCAAACUAAUUUACAAUGAUGUGCAGAUUACCAACAAAUUUGACAUGAAGUUAUGGGCAUGUGUCUCUGAUGUAUAUGAUCUUAAGAAGAUCUUGGAUGACAUAAUACAAUCAUCUUCUGGUGCAAGCCACAAAGAACUAAACCUUGAGGCGCUACAGUGUAUGUUGCGUGGGAUUUUACAUGAAAAGAGAUAUUUUCUUGUGCUAGAUGAUAUGUGGAAUGAAGAAGUGAGUGAAUGGGAAGACUUGAGAAGCCUUCUAUGUAGUGGUCGUAAUGGAAGUGUAAUUAUAGUAACCACACGUGGUUCAAAUGUUGCAUCAGUGGUGAAGACACUGGAGCCAUAUGAAGUAGCAAAGCUACCACAAGAAGAGUGCAUGGAAGUAUUUUUCCGAUAUGCAUUCAAAGGAUUGUUGGACGGAGGAAAGGAAAGCAAUGACAUUAUCAGUAUUGGCCAAGAAUACUGUCAUGAACUUUUAGGAAGAUCACUUUUACAAGAUCAGUAUAUUGCUUUUGACUCUACUAUACGGUAUUGUAAAAUGCAUGAUCUUAUUCAUGACCUUUCAAUAAAAGUGUCCCAAAUGGAACAUACAGUUGUCAGUUGUGAAAAAUUUGAUGUCUCUGAGAGGAUUAGACACCUAGUGUGGGACAACCAAGACUUCUCAAUGGAGAUGAAAUUUCCUAAGCAGCUAAAAAGGGCCUGUAGGGCGAGGACAUUUAUAAGCUUAUACAAUUAUGGCACUAAACAUUUGUUAAAAGAUGGGUUUUGUGGUUGGCCUUCCCUGUCAGCUCUACAAUUGGGUGGCUGCCUUGAGCUAGCAUCAUUGACAGAGGGACUUGGCAGCUUGGCUUCCCUCAGAGACCUACGCAUCUUCGACUGUCCAAAGUUGCAUUCUCUUCCCUCUGCCAUGAGUCAGCUCUCCGAACUCCAGAAGUUGUUUAUUCAUAAUUGUGCAGAGCUUGAUCUGAUGAAACCAGAGGAAGCCUUUGACGGGCUUUGCCGCCUCCGUACGCUAGAGCUCGUUUCUCUUCCAAAGUUGGUGGGAUUUCCCGAUAGCUUCAAAUCUGAUGCUUCCUCUCUGGGAUAUAUUUUGAUCCACGAUUGCAAAGGAUUAGAUGACCUGCCAAGUUUCAUCAAAGAUUUCACUUCUCUUGAGAAAAUUGUGAUUGGUGACUGCCCUGCGUUAAGCAAGAGAUGUGCCGUGGGUUCUGGGGAGGAUUAUCUUCUCAUCCGCCACUACCUUGGUGAUACGGAACUAGCUGGGCUUUGCGAGAAAAGUACAGCAACAAUGCCAGUGAAGACCAAACAACAUGCUCUCAAAUGGAUAGCUCCUCCUGAAGGUUUCUUGAAAUUCAAUGUUGGCGGUGCAGUGGCGCGAUCUGGUGACAAAGGAGCCGUUGGAGUGAUUUGUAGGGACAGUGUAGGGAACAACAUUGCUGCUAGUGCUAAUGUCAUUAAUGGGCUUGUUCAUCGACCCUCUUUGGAAGCAAUGGCCUGA